GCUCCUCUCUGGGUGGGUCUCUGUGUCUUUGGUCUGUGGGGUGUCCAACCUCAGUGCUUAGGGGGAACGAGCUUCAUCUCCGAGGUUCCUUUUCUGUGAAUGGGGAGGCCCCGUGCUCCGCCCCAGCUUCCGGGAUCUCCCCCAGUGCCCAUCACACAGCCUUCCUUCUCUUUUCUCCCACAACAGCCCAGAAACCCUCCGUGUCAGAGAUGCUGCUGCUGCUUCUGCCCCUGCUGUGGGCAGGGUCCCUGGCUCAGGAUAAAGGAUAUCGGCUGACAGUGCAGGAGUCUGUGACGGUGCAGGAGGGCCUGUGUGUAUUCGUGCCCUGCAAUGUCACCUAUCCCCAGUCAUCUAAUCACUACCAGUCAGGCUCUGACCUGGCUUAUGGGUCCUGGUUCCGGGAAGGGACCAAUACAAAGCAAGGUGCUGCUGUGGCCACAAACAAGCCAGGUCGCAACAUUCAGAAGGAGAACCAGGGCCGAUUCUGCCUCCUCGGUGAACCUCAGAUGUCCAACUGUUCCCUGGACAUCAGAGAUGCCAGGAGAAGUGAUGAUGGAAAAUACUUUUUUCGGAUUGAAAAGGAACAAAACAAUUCUUGGAAUUACAUAUCUAACUUGCUGUCUGUGCAUGUGGCGGCCCUGAACCAUACACCCCACAUCCUCAUCCCGGGCACUCUGGAGUCCGGCUUCCCCAUGAACCUGACCUGCUCUGUGCCCUGGGCCUGUGAGCGUGGCACACCCCCCAUCUUCUCCUGGACCUCAGCUGCCCUCAUCUCCCUGGGCUCCAGGACCCAUUUCUCCUCUGUGAUCACCCUCACCCCGCGGCCCCAGGACCACGGCACUAACCUCACAUGUCAGGUGAAGUUCCCUGCAGCUGGUGUGACUGUGGAGACAACCAUCCAGCUCAACGUCACCUGGGAACCGGGGACCAGGGCAGGAGUGGUUCUGGGUGCCAUCACGGGAGCUGGUGUCACUGUACUGUUUGCUCUCUGCCUCUUCCUCAUCUACUUCAUAGUGAAGACCCGCAGGAAGAAAGCAGCCAGGACAGCAGUGGGUGUGGACAACAUCCAUCCUGCCAUUGGGCCAACUUUCCUGAGUGACCAGCAGAACUCCAAGUUAGACAGCCCCGCUGACUCCUUAAGCUUUGCAGAGACCACCCCUCCUUUGGAGUUGGAGCAGGAGCUGCAUUACGCCUUCAUCACCUUUCGUGGGAAGAAUCCUCCUCCGAAGAGCACCCACGAGGCAUACUCAGAGAUCAGUACCAAGUGAGAUCCCGACAGGAACAUCAGUCUCAGCCACAGCAUCCAUAUCCUAACAGGAAGGGGGACUCCCAGGCUUAUUCUUGCAGACUUAGCAUCCCCACAGGCAAUGGGUUUAUAAACUACUAUACACAAGUUUCCUGCUAUAUUGCAACUAUCGUAGGCAUUGCAAUCAGAGAUGCCUGGAAUUAAAUCCACACUCUUUCACUUAUUAAGAGUAUGACACCUGGUGAGCCACCUUACUUCUUCAUAUCUUGGUUUCCUGCUUUGUAAAUGGGUGUCAGAAGUGCAGCUUCAUGAGGUUGCUAUAAAUAUUAAAUAAAAGUACAUGUGAAAAACACCCAGCGAACGUCCCGGUACACUGUGAGAGUUUGAUAUGUGCUGAUUAUUUCCCCCUCAAACAGAAAGGUGUUAGUGACAUUCCCCUCAGAGGCUGGGUAUAUGCCCGGAGGCACCACAUCAUGUCAGCCUCACUCUUUACCCAAAUCCCUUCCAUGGAUCCUUUCCCUGACUUGGCCUCCAGCAUCAUCUGUCUCCACUCUGAAAUCUUCCCUUUCCACCCUGCCGCCUGAUACUAGUCCGGCUAUGGGAAAAAUCACUUAUGAAGAUUUAUAGAAAUUCCUAAGACUAAAAGCUAACCAUUGUCAAAAUACUGCUCUAUCUUCUCAGUCUCCCAAAAUAAUCUACAAGCUUUUCACCUGACUUUCUAGGUCCAGUCUCAGGGAACUUGUUUAUAAGGGGCCAGAUAGAAAAUAUCCCAGGCAUUGCAAGCUAUGUGGUCUCUGUUGCAACUCUGCUUGCAGUGCAAAUGCAAGCCAUAGACAAUCUCAAACACUGAUGUAACAGUGUUUCAACAAAAUUUUAUUUACAAGAGCAGGCAGCCCCCAGGCUGUAACUUUCUGACCUCUAUCAUAGGCUGUUCUUAAUCUCACCCAGUCCACUUCUCCAUCACCAUACCCUAA